AUGAAAGCCCUGAACAACCCCCUCCUUCAUGAAGAGCUAGCUAAAGUGUUCAACGAAAAGAUCCUGUCACUGAUAGUGCUAAACAGAAUAGAGAGAGCUGUGGACAACUUCACCGGACCGUUCCAAGCUGCCUACAAAGCUGGCAGGAGCUGUGCCGACCUAGUUUGGGCACAGAGCAUGCUCAUAUUUGUAGUAAUGAAGAAGGAGUUUGAAUGGAACAAAGUGAGUAUUGACAUGUCAGCUGCCUUCAAUGCCAUCCGCAGAGGUACAACAAUCAGACUACUAGAAGCUGCAGGAUGCUCCAGAGACGACCUGAGGCUUGUACAAUACCUCAUGGCUAACACCACUCUAGUAGCCAGAGUGUGUUCUACUGACUCAGAGAUGUUCUCUUUCAACAUAGGAGCCUCCCAAGGAGACAGCACAGCUGGUAAAUUGUUUACCCUCAAUCUAGCUGGAGCUGUAGUGCACAUAAGAGCAGUCCUCCCCUCAAGACCCAACCCUCCGAUAGCCGAUAACCACAUGCCUCUUGAGUCCGGCUAUUCAGACGAUGUAAAGAAGAUUGGUGAAGAUAUGGAGGAGUUACAGGAUAUCUUUCAGAUCUCCAAGAAUAUUCUCAGUGAAUGGAGUCUCUUUGUCAAUGACACAAAGACAAAGUUUACCAGAGUGUAUUUAGAAGAAGUUGGUGCCUGCGACGAGUGGGAUAAUGAGCUAAGAGGAAAAGAGGAGUGGAGAAACGAGACGCUUCUUGGUACUAAGCUUAGAUCAGAGCAGGAUGUUACUAAUAGAAUAAAUAAAGCUAACACCGCCUUCUGGUCAUUUGACAAGCUGUGGUGCCAGGGAUCAGAGAGGAGUCAGAUAACUGAAAAGAGAAAGAUCAAACUCUACGACUCACUAGUAGUAUCAGUGCUCCUGUACAACUGCUGCUGCUGGGCCGUACCUCAGCAUGUUCUAGAGUCUGUAGAUGUUUUUCAGAGGAAGCACCUCAAGCGCAUCCUACACAUCUAUUGGCCUAGCUCAAUAUCUAACAAGGCCCUCUACGCUCGUACCCAGACCAGGCCCCUUUCCGAGAGAGUGGAAAAGGCACGGUGGACAAUGCUAGGUCAUGUUCUACGCAGUGACAACGACACGCCUGCCUACCAGUCUCUGUUAUUUGCUACACUAGGAUGUCAAACGCUAAAGGGACGAAGAUACAAACAGAGUAACUCUACCCCUAUGUCUGAGCGUGCUGAGUUAUCUAGGUGGAAGAUGCUAGGACACAUACUGAGGAGCGAUGAAAGAUCACCAGCUCAAGCUGCGCUGUGCUUUGCUGUCGAGAUGUGUAGUGAAGUUGGUAGACUCGGGGCUCACAGACGUAACCUCCUACACCACCUGAAGGUUGACCUCUGGAAGCGUUUCAUCUUGCUGGAGUCGUAUAUGAUGAUAUUCUUCAUUUGA